CCGGGGCGAGGCGGCGCAUCCUCGGGAUGGAAGGGCCUGGAGCUUCGAUGCCGCCGAGCCCGGGCAGCCCGUGUGAGUGGUGGUCGGCUUCGGUCCUGAGAGUUGGGACCAUACUUCUCCGCGCGAAGGGAAACUCUGGCGGCUCCGCCUGUAACGCGAUUGGGAGACAGAGGAGGUGGAGCUGCUCCUCCGCGCCCCCUCCUCGCCAACGCCGCCGCCGCCGCCGCCUCAGCCCGGGACCGGCCGGCCUCUUCCCCGCCCUCCCAGGACCACUGGUGGGGUCCUUGCCCUGGUCGGGGAGGAGGGAGGAGGGUCGGGGAAGAGUUGACGGGGAGGUCGAGGCUUCCCCUUCGUAGUAACAGCCCUUCCAGGCUGCGCUCGGCGCGACUGACAAAAGGCAGCCUGUGAUCCCCCUGCCACGCACCCCCAGAGGGGAAGCCCCAGCCCCCCACCCGCCGUAUACGGACGGUGGGUGAUUGAUGAGCACUCCUUGAGUCCUCACCGGUAAAUGGUGGACCCUCACUCCCACCCCACCUCAACACAAACAACAGGGUGACUCACACGGGGCUUGCUGUUGUCUCCUGAUCCAGCUGGCCUUGCCAGGUGACCAUGCCUGCCCUCGGCCCAGCUCUUCUCCAGGCACUCUGGGCCGGGUGGGUCCUCACCCUCCAGCCCCCUCCACCGACUGCUUUCACUCCCAAUGGUACGCAUCUGCAGCACCUGGCGCGGGAUCCCACCUCAGGCACCCUCUACCUAGGGGCCACCAACUUCCUGUUCCAGCUGAGCCCUGAACUGCAGCUGGAGGCCACUGUGUCCACUGGCCCUGUGCUAGACAGCAGGGACUGUCUGCCACCUGUGACGCCUGAUGAGUGCCCUCAGGCCCAGCCCACCAACAACCCGAACCAGCUGCUCCUGGUGAGCCCCGGGGCCCUGGUGGUGUGUGGCAGUGUGCACCAGGGGGUCUGUGAGCAGCGCCGCCUGGGGCAGCUCGGGCAGCUGUUGCUGCGGCCAGAGCGACCUGGGGACACCCAGUAUGUGGCCGCCAACGACCCUGCCGUCACCACGGUGGGACUGGUGGCCCAGGGCUCGGCUGGGGAGCCCCUCCUCUUUGUGGGGCGGGGCUACACCAGCAGGGGUGUGGGGGGUGGCAUCCCUCCCAUCACUACCCGCGCCUUAAGGCCACUGGACCCCCAGGCUGCCUUCUCCUACGAGGAGACGGCCAAACUAGCUGUGGGCCGCCUCUCCGAGUACAGCCACCACUUUGUGAGCGCCUUUGCACGCGGGGCCAGUGCCUACUUUCUGUUUCUCCGGCGGGACCUGCAGGCUCAGUCUCGAGCUUUCCGUGCCUAUGUGUCCCGUGUCUGCCUCCGGGACCAGCACUACUACUCCUACGUGGAGUUGCCUCUGGCCUGUCAGGGGGCCCGCUACGGGCUGAUCCAGGCUGCGGCUGUCGCCAUGUCCGCGGAGGUGGCCCGGGGGGAGGUGCUCUUUGCAGCCUUCUCCUCGGCCGCUCCCCCCACUGUGGGCCGGCCCCCGUUGGCAGCUGCCGGGGCAUCUGGAGCCUCUGCCCUCUGUGCCUUCCCCCUGGAUGAGGUGGAUCGCCUUGCUAAUCGCACACGCGAUGCCUGCUACACUCGGGAGGGCCACGCUGAGGAUGGGGCCGAGGUGGCCUACAUUGAGUAUGAUGUCAAUUCCGACUGUGCUCAGCUGCCGGUGGACACCCUGGAUGCUUACCCUUGUGGCUCAGACCACACGCCCAGCCCCAUGGCCAGCCGUGUCCCCCUGGAAGCCACACCAGUUCUGGAGUGGCCAGGGGUUCAGCUAACAGCCGUGGCGAUCACUGUGGAAGAUGGACACACCAUUGCUUUCCUGGGUGACAGCCAAGGGCAGCUGCAUAAGGUCUACUUGGGCCCAGGGAGUGAUGGCCACCCGUACUCCACACGGAUCAUCCAGCACGGGUCUGCGGUGAGCAGAGACCUCAUCUUUGAUGGGGCCUUCGAGCACCUAUAUGUCAUGACCCAGAGCACGCUUCUCAAGGUUCCCGUGGCCUCCUGUGCUCAGCACCUGGACUGUGCAUCUUGCCUGGCUCACAGGGACCCAUACUGUGGGUGGUGUGUGCUCCUCGGCAGGUGCAGUCGCCAUUCUGAGUGCUCUCGGGGCCAGGGCUUAGAGCGGUGGCUGUGGAGCUUCCAGCCUGAGGUGGGCUGUCUGCGAGUGGCAACCUUGAGUCCUGCUAACAUCAGCCGUGAGGAGAGGAGGGAGGUUUUCUUGUCGGUACCUGAUCUGCCACCCCUGUGGCCAGGGGAGUCUUAUUCCUGCCACUUUGGGGAAUACCAGAGUCCUGCCCUGCUGACCAGUUCUGGUGUGAUGUGCCCCUCCCCAGACCCUAGUGAGGCUCCAGAGCUGCCAAGAGAAGCCGACCACGUCUCCGUGAGCCUGGAGCUCAGAUUUGGCGCCGUCGUGAUUGCUGAGGCUUCCCUCUCCUUCUAUGAUUGCCUGGCUGUCACCUUGCUCCGCCCAUCUGCACAGUGCCAGGCCUGUGUGAGAAGUCUCUGGGGGUGUAACUGGUGCGUCUGGCAGCACCUGUGCACGCACAAGGCCUCGUGUGAUGCUGGGCCCAUGGUGGUCAGCCGACAGAGCCCGCCCCUCUCCCCAGCCCCUCCUGCAAGAGACGCACCCACCUCCUUCCCACCCACAGCCCCCAGGGCCACGGUCCCCCCGGCUCCUGACGCCCUUCCCGUGGACACUCCUUCCACAGCCACAGCCUUGGAUGUCCACCCUGGGGCCAGGCCUUCCCUGCUCAGCCCCCUGGGGCCGUGGGCAGGUCCUGGCCCCACACCUGCCUCUGCUUCCACGGGCUCACCUCUCCACGAGGCCCCUCCUCCUCCCAGCCCCCGCCAGAGGCCUGGAACCGCUGUCCCUGCCCCCACGGCCUUCGGACCCAUGGCCACCGCCGAGGACCUCUUGGCCUCCCACCCAUCGCCCUCAGAUGCAGCAGCACUGCCCCCCGCCCUUGCAGAGCCUGGCCCUGAGGCUCUCCCCUCUGCAGUACCCCUGGACCAGCCCCCCGGCACGGCUCCCGCCACCACUUUCCCAGGGGCCGCUGGCUCCACGAAGCCUGCUCUGGACUGGCUCAUGAGAGAAGGCGGCGAGCUGCCCGAGGCGGACGAGUGGACGGGGGGUGACACGCCCGCCUUCUCCACUUCCACCCUCCUCUCAGGUGAUGGAGACUCUGCUGAGCACGAGGGCCCUCCCGCCCCCCUCAUCCUCCUGUCCAGCCUUGACUACCAGUACGACACCCCUGGGCUCUGGGAGCUGGAGGAGACGACCUUGGGGGCAGGCUCCUGCCCUUGUGUGGAGAGCGUGCAGGGCUCCAGCCUGAUGCCAGUCCACGUGCAGCGAGAAGUGCGACUGCUGGGCAGGAACCUGCGCCUCUUCCAGGACAGCCCAGGAGACCAUGAGUGUGUGAUGGAGCUGGAGGGCCACGAGGUGGUGGUUGAGGCCCGGGUCGAAUGUGAGCUGCCUCCAGAUACCCGGUGCCACGUCACCUGCCAGCAGCACCAGCUCAGCUAUGAGGCUCUGCAGCCAGAGCUCCGCGUGGGGCUAUUUCUGCGUCGGGCCGGCCAUCUACGUGUGGACAGUGUGGAUGGGCUGCACGUGGUGCUUUAUGAUUGUUCCGUGGGACACGAGGACUGCAGCCGCUGCCAAACUGCCAUGCCCCAGUACGGCUGUGUGUGGUGCAAGGGGGAGCAUCCACGCUGCGUGGCCCGGGAGGCCUGUGGCGAGGCUGAGGCUGUGGUCACCCAGUGCCCAGCACCCCUCAUCCACUCGGUGGAGCCACUGACUGGGCCUGUAGACGGAGGCACCCGUGUCACCAUCAGGGGCUCCAACCUGGGCCAACAUGUGCAGGACGUGCAGGACACGGUCAGGGUGGCUGGAGUGCCCUGUGCUGUGGACGCUCAGGAGUACGAGGUGUCCAGCAGCCUUGUGUGUAUCACUGGGGCCAGCGGGGAGGAGGUGGCAGGCGCUGUGACGGUGGAGGUGCCAGGAAGAGGACGCGGCGUCUCAGAGCAUGACUUUGCCUACCAGGACCCAAAAGUGCAUUCCGUCUUCCCAGCCCGAGGCCCCAGAGCCGGGGGCACCAGCCUCACCCUGCACGGCUCCAAGCUUCUGACCGGGCGGCUGGAGGACAUCCGAGUGGUAGUUGGAGACCAGCCUUGUCACCUGCUGCUGGAGCAGCAGGCGGAGCAGCUGCGGUGUGAGACCAGCCCACACCCCACGCCUGCCACACUCCCCGUGGCUGUGUGGUUUGGGGCCGCUGAGCGGAGGCUUCAUCACAGCCAUUUUGAGUACACAUCAGACCCCAAUGUCACCUCUGCUGGCCCCGCCAAGAGCUUCCUCAGUGGAGGACGUGAGAUAUGGGUCCGUGGCCAGAAUUUGGACGUGGUACAGACACCAAGAAUCCGAGUGACUGUGGCCACGAGAGCGCCAGGGCCAGGCCAGGGCCUUGGGUGGAGGCGCCGCGUGAUCCCAGAGACGGCGUGCUCCCCCGGAGCCUCCUGUGGCGGCCUUCACUUUGAGGAGCCUUGCCACGUGAACUCCUCCCAGCUCAUCACGUGCCGCACGCCGGCCCUCCCAGGCCUGCCUGAGGACCCCUGGGUCCGUGUGGAAUUCAUCCUUGACAACCUGGUCUUUGACUUUGCAACACUGAACCCCACACCCUUCUCCUAUGAGGCCGACCCCACUCUGCAGCCGCUCAACCCCGAGGACCCCACCGCACCAUUCCGGCACAAGCCUGGGAGUGUGCUCUCUGUGGAGGGGGAGAAUCUGGACCUUGCAAUGUCCAAGGAGGAGGUGGUGGCCAUGAUAGGGGACGGCCCCUGCAUGGUGAAGACGCUGACCCGGCACCACCUGUACUGCGAGCCCCCUGUGGAGCAGCCCCUACACCGGCACCAUGCCCUCCGGGAGAUGCCUGACGCUUUGCCUGAGUUCACGGUGCAGAUGGGGAACCUACGCUUCUCCCUGGGCCACGUGCAGUACGAUGGCGAGAGCCCUGUGGCUUUUCCCAUGGCAGCCCAGGUGGGCUUGGGGGUGGGCACCUCUCUUCUGGCUCUGGGUGUCAUCAUCAUUGUCCUCAUGUACAGGAGGAAGAGCAAGCAGGCUCUGAGGGACUAUAAGAAGGUGCAGAUCCAGCUGGAGAACCUGGAGAGCAGCGUGCGGGACCGCUGUAAGAAGGAGUUCACAGACCUUAUGACCGAGAUGACCGAUCUUACCAGUGACCUUCUGGGCAGCGGCAUCCCCUUCCUCGACUACAAGGUGUAUGCCGAGAGGGUCUUCUUCCCUGGGCACCAGGAGUCGCCCUUGCACCGGGACUUGGGCGUGCCUGAGAGCAGGCGGCCCACUGUGGAACAAGGGCUGGGGCAGCUCUCCAACCUGCUUAACAGCAAGCUCUUCCUCAUCAAGUUCAUCCACACCCUGGAGAGCCAGCGCACCUUCUCAGCUCGGGACCGCGCCUACGUGGCAUCUCUGCUCACCGUGGCACUGCAUGGGAAGCUUGAGUACUUCACCGACAUCCUGCGCACCCUGCUCAGUGACCUGGUGGCCCAGUAUGUGGCCAAGAACCCCAAGCUGAUGCUGCGCAGGACAGAGACCGUGGUGGAGAAGCUGCUCACCAACUGGAUGUCGAUCUGCCUCUACACUUUCGUGAGGGACUCGGUAGGGGAGCCUCUGUACAUGCUUUUCCGUGGAAUUAAGCAUCAAGUGGACAAGGGGCCGGUAGACAGCGUGACUGGCAAAGCCAAAUACACCCUGAAUGACAACCGCCUGCUCCGAGAGGACGUGGAGUACCGUCCCCUGACCUUGAAUGCACUACUGGCUGUGGGGCCUGGAGCGGGAGAAGCCCAGGGCGUGCCCGUGAAGGUCCUGGACUGUGACACCAUCUCCCAGGCCAAGGAAAAGAUGUUGGACCAGCUUUAUAAAGGAGUGCCUCUCGCCCAGCGGCCAGACCCCCGCACCCUGGACGUCGAGUGGCGGUCUGGGGUGGCCGGGCAUCUCAUUCUUUCUGAUGAGGACGUGACUUCUGAGGUCCAGGGUCUGUGGAGGCGCCUGAACACCCUGCAGCAUUACAAGGUCCCAGACGGAGCAACUGUGGCCCUCGUCCCCUGCCUCACCAAGCACGUCCUCCGGGAAAGCCAGGAUUACGUCCCUGGAGAGAGUCUUGGUACAGGGACCCCAAUGCUGGAAGAUGUGGACGAGGGGGGCAUCCGGCCCUGGCACCUGGUGAAGCCAAGCGAGGAGCCGGAGCCGCCCAGGCCUCGGAGGGGCAGCCUCCGGGGCGGGGAGCGGGAGCGAGCCAAGGCCAUCCCUGAGAUCUACCUGACCCGCCUGCUGUCCAUGAAGGGCACCCUGCAAAAGUUUGUGGAUGACCUGUUCCAGGUGAUUCUCAGCACCAGCCGUCCCGUGCCGCUUGCUGUGAAGUACUUCUUUGACCUGCUGGACGAGCAGGCCCAGCAGCAUGGCAUCUCGGACCAGGACACUGUCCAUAUAUGGAAGACCAACAGCUUGCCGCUGAGGUUCUGGAUCAAUAUCAUAAAAAACCCGCAGUUUGUGUUCGACGUGCAGACAUCUGACAACAUGGAUGCAGUGUUCCUGGUCAUUGCACAGACCUUCAUGGAUGCCUGCACCCUGGCUGACCACAAGCUGGGCCGGGACUCUCCCAUCAACAAACUUCUGUAUGCUCGGGAUAUUCCCCGGUACAAACGGAUGGUGGAAAGGUACGAGAGAAAGGGAUUGCAUCGGGGGGAUAAUGGGUGGACAGACUGGUGGGUGUUUACAGCUGAGGCCCAGGGGUGGGCCUGGUGGGGUGAAGAGGGGUUUGUUUCCCCAGCGGCUGCCGGACCCAUGAUCUCUGGCAGGUACUACGCAGACAUCAGACAGACCAUCCCGGCCAGUGAUCAAGAGAUGAACUCCAUCCUGGCCGAGCUGUCCCGGAACUACUCUGGAGACCUGGGGGUGCGAGUGGCCCUGCACGAACUCUACAAGUAUAUCAACAAAUACUAUGACCAGAUCAUCACUGCCCUGGAGGAAGAUGGCACGGCCCAGAAGAUGCAGCUGGGCUAUCGGCUCCAGCAGAUCGCAGCGGCUGUAGAAAACAAGGUCACAGAUCUGUAGGGACUUGGAGAGCCCUGGCCUGCUGUGCCUCAGCCCCGCCUGGGCAGCCCGGCCUGGGCAGCCCCGGAACCACGAGGGAGAGACCACCUUCUUAGAUGCCUGUAGUGCCUGCCCAGCGGAGUUAGUGGAAGGUGGCUCCAAGUCUCCUGGUGGCUCUGGCCUGGGCCCUGCUGGACUCAUCUCGCAGGCCUGGGGCCUUGAGGCUGAUGGAGUGGUGACCCUGAGGCCAGUGACCCUGCGGGCUACUUUCUGUGUGAUGUUAGUCUGAGGGAAACUGGGGACUAAGGGCUUCCAGAGAGUGGCUGGAAGGGCCACUCUCCCUGGGGAGACUGUACUGCUCCUGAACACUGGCCUUUAUCCCAGGGGAUUCAGAGAGGAAGGAGGAGAGCCCCCACUUCCUGUCCCGCCCUCCUCCUCCACCAUCCCUGACCUCGUUAGCUGCCUCUGGCCAUGUUGCUGCUGCCAUGUUCCUAGGUCCGAGAGAUGAAUGCCUUUCCUAGGCCACUGCAAACUGACCUCUCAGCAGGGCUGGCUGCUUCAGGGCCACCCUGCCACCGAGGCAGCCAGGAGUGAGGGGUGUCUGCUGCAGGGGGGCCUCGGGGAGAAUGGUGGCCCUACUGACCUGGCUCUUCAUUAAAGGAUAACACACUG